AUGCCCGACAGCCCGCGGACGGCACGACCCGUGCGCACGCAGGCGGCGGUGGCUGGGGCAUUGCUGCUGGCGGUCCGUAUGGCGGCCCCACAGAUGCGCUGCAGCGCCGUGCCGCCACGGCCGCCAGCCAGGGCCGCGCUCCAUCGCCGCGGCGCCGUCGCUGGCCUGUUGGCUCCGGCGGCAGUGGGCUCUUCGGCUUGGGAUGCGGUUGCGGACGUGCCGGCUGGCAACGAGUACGCUGCGGUGUCCGCCGCCGAGGUGUUCCGUUUGGACGGUGCCGUGUGCAAGGUCGGCGAUUUGGUCCCGAGCGGCAAGAGGACCGUGCUGGCGGUGUUGACACAUUUUGGGGACUUCAAUUCGUGGGAGUAUGCCCAGCAGCUCAGGUUCGAGCUGCCGAAGCUGCAACAGGCGGGUGUGUCCCUCGUCGUUGUCGGCAUCGGCACCGUCUCAGCCGCCAUGAAAUUUUCCGAGCUCCUAGAUCUGCCAGCCGAGUUCAACCUCUAUGCAGACCCGACAGGCGCUACAGCGAAGGCGCUUGGGUGCUCACGCGGGUUCGCAGAGGGGACGCCGGUAAAUGGCUACUUGAAGUUGUUACCUAUGCUGCUUGGCAUCGGCUCCCCGGGAACACUGGAGGCGGUCUUGCGCGGCUACCGUGGAGAUCCAGGGGCCAGGCGCGAUUGGGUGGAUGCCGCCAUCGCGCAGGGGACGACGCAGAAUCGCUUCCCGUCCGGCUACGGCGAGAAAGAUUGGGACGGAAUCGCGACGGACGGCAUCCGCCCGAUGGAGUUGGCAACGUUGCGCCUUCAGAACAUGGUUGACGGCAUCCUCAAGAAUUGGGAUGCGCUCGCGCCAGCUGACGACCAGCUAUUCGUCCAACAGGGCGGUACCGUGAUCUUCAGAGACAGGCAGCCCACGUACGUGUACAAAGACAAGGGCAUCCUGACCUACACCCCGAUAGAACAGGUGAUCGAAGAGCUCAGCUUGUAG